CAGGGCAGAGGGACAGGGGAUCAGAUUCGGAUCGUAUUUGGUUUAAUAAGAUUAUUCGCGCUUACUUCUGCAGGUUUGGACACGAUGGCACGGUAUGCGCGUGCACACGGACCCGUGGCUUUGAUCACCCUCACCAACCCGCCCGUGAACGCGCUCAGCGCGGCGGUCCGGACCGGGAUCGUGGAGUCGGUGAGUCGGGCGCUCCAGGACGACCGGGUGAGAGCCGUCGUGAUCUGUGGAGAGAACGGAACGUUCUGCGGAGGAGCGGACAUUAGGCAGUUUUCGGGCCCCAUGUCCGGCCCUCCGCUGGUGCCCAUGAUCCACUCCAUCGAGGCCGGAGACAAGCCGGUGGUGGCGGCCAUAGAGGGCGUGGCUCUGGGAGGAGGACUGGAGUUAGCGCUCGGCUGUCAUUACCGUAUCGCUAAUCCUAAGGCUCGUCUUGGACUUCCUGAGGUGACUCUGGGGUUACUUCCUGCUGCCGGAGGAACUCAGCGUCUCCCUCGACUCAUCGGCAUCACGGCAGCACUGGAACUCAUAACCACCGGUCGUCAUGUUUCUGCACAGGAGGCUCUACAGUUGGGUUUGGUGGAUCAGAUCAGUGAUGGAAACACCGUCCAGGCUGCAGUGAAGUUCGCACUCAGCGUUAUAGAUCGGCCGCUGAACCCGCGCAGGUUGAGCCUCCGUACCCCCGCGUGCCUCCCGGACGCCGAGCGGGUGUUCGACGCCGCCCUGGCGCAGGUGAAGCGUCGUUCUCGGGGAGCGGUGGCACCGGUGGCGUGCGUCCAGGCGGUGAGAGUGGCGGCCACGUUGCCCUACGAGCGCGGCAUGGCGAGAGAGAGGGAGCUGAUGGGCACGCUCUUCACCUCGGGCCAGGCUCGGGCCCUGCAGUACGCUUUCUUCGCCCAGAGGAAUGCUGGGAAAUGGAGUCUUCCUAACGGAGCGCGGUGGAACAUCACCAAGCCCGGGGAGGUGCGGCGGGUCGGCGUGAUCGGUCUGGGCACCAUGGGGCGUGGCAUCGUCGUGUCUCUAGUUAAGGCCGGAAUCUCCGUGGUUGCCAUAGAGACAAAGCCGAAAGAGCUGGAGGCGGGUAAGAUAGCGGUGACGGCCAUGUUGGAACGAGACGCGGGGAGACGCGGCGUCGCUCCGCCGCUCCACCUCCUGACCUUCACUCUGUCCUUCAGUCAGCUGAGGGGCGUCGACCUGGUGAUCGAGGCCGUGUUCGAGGACAUGGAGCUAAAGAAACGCGUCUUUAGCGACCUGUGUAAAGUCUGUACGCCAGACGCGCUAAUCUGCACCAACACGUCGGGGCUGAACGUGGACGAGCUAGCUGCCGUCACAGAUCGGCGCCCCCUGGUGGCCGGGAUGCAUUUCUUUGCGCCCGCUCACAUCAUGAGGCUGGUGGAGGUCGUGUUCGGGGCCCAGACGUCCCCUGAAUCUGUGGCCACGGUCAUGGCGCUCGGGAAGAGAAUGGGAAAAGUGUGUGUUGCCGUGGGUAACUGCCCGGGGUUUGUGGGUAACCGCAUGUUGAAGCAUUAUAUAAACCAGGCCUGUUUCCUGCUGGAGGAAGGAGCCACGCCCGAGCAGGUGGACCAGGCGCUGGAGGAGUUCGGGUUUGCUCUGGGGAUCUUUAAGGUGAACGAUCUGUCCGGGCUGGACGUGGGAUUGAGGGUUCGGAAGGCGGCCGGUCUGAUCGGACCCGACAUCGACCCUGUGAAUCCACCCCGCUGGCGUAAAGGUGAGAGAUACUGCCCGCUUCCUGACCUGCUCUGCCAACAAGGGCGUUUUGGCCAGAAAACGGGGCGUGGCUGGUACCUGUACGACUCUCCUGGAGCUAAAGAAGCGAAGCCUGACCCGGAGAUCCGGAGCUUCCUGGAGGAUUACAGGCGCAGGUAUGGGAUCACGCCGCGGCGCCUCACGUCUCAGGAGGUGAUCGAGCGAUGCGCCCUCAGUCUCGCUAACGAAGGCUUCCGAAUCCUGGCGGACGGGGUGGCGGCGGGUCCAGAAGACGUCGACGUGAUCUACCUGUUCGGUUACGGAUGGCCGAGGCACAGAGGAGGGCCGAUGUUUCACGCCGCUCAGGUGGGUUUGGCCGCCGUGCUGGAGAAGCUGGAGCGUUAUCACCGCCUGCACCCGGACGUGCCGAGUCUCCAGCCCAGUCCCCUACUGAGGAAACUGGUGGCUGCUGGGAGUCCGCCCAUCCAACAGUGGAAGAGUCACAUCAAGAAGCUGAGCAGCAACCUUUAAGGAUCAGGAAACACGGGCGCGGCUCUCCAGCGACUGAUGCCAUGAUGCCAUGAUGCCAGGAUCCUUAAAUACCAGCAAAAAGUCGUAAAUUAACUUUAAAUUUCUUAAUAAUCACUUCUGCAGGGAUUGAUGUGCUGCUGGGGUUUGGAUCCCCUGCAUCUCUGAUCAGUUUAUAUUUGUUACCAAAGUUUAAUAAGUUCAUUACUUGCACAUAACCAUCACAAUUUAACCAAGUAGUAACUAACUAACUAAUCCAGCUAAUUGUUAGCCCGUAGUUAAUGAUUAAACUUGUGUAAUGUGAUGGAGAAAGGUAAACAAAUAACAUUUCAGUUAAAAUCAUGACUAACACGUGAAGUUCCAGCUCUUAAUGAUGAGACUCUGGUGACGUUUAUGUGUCUGAUCUAACAGGUACAAUAAAUAUUAAAAGAUAGAAAUAAAUGUCGUGUUAUGUCAUACAGAAGGUUCCUGCUUAUAUUUAAUAAAAGUGUUUAGUGCUGCUGUGAACAAAAGGGUUAAAAUCACCAAUUAUAAUUAGGGUUGCCAGAUUCAUGCUGGUUUUCAGUUUAGUUUUGGGUAAAAUCUGGACAAACUGCUGAUGUGUGUAGGUGCCAAAACGCCAAAGUGUCCAAGUUACCCCCCCGAAUACCCUCUUUUACUGUGAAUGAUCUGGCAACCUAAACCCAGACACACAGGCUGGAUCCCAAAUCAGAGCUUUUACACUUUAUACACUCACUAUACGUUCACCACAUUAGAGAUCAUAUAAACUGAGUUCUAGAAUCUACAUGAUGCACCACACGCCUCCAGAAAUACCAGUGAAAAUUUUACCACAUAAUAAAAUGUAACAGGAGGAAUAGUGCUGAGAUUCUGAAAUAUAUAAAAACACUUUUUGUUUUUAUAAGCGUCCUAGAUUAAAAUAAUCCUGUAAUGAAAACGAGGACGGUCGUUUGUGUUUCUGUUCUAAAUGUUCAGUAAGUAAAUCUGAUGUUUUCACCUCUGAAUGUAAAUAAAAUGUGAAUUUAUUGAUUUUCACUUGGAGUUGAUUGUUAAAAUAAUAUAGAAAAAUAAUAAAUCAUGUUUACUUUAAAAUGAGAACGAGCCAAUAUUACCAUGGUACUUUAUAUAAACAUUAUAAUCAUCAUUAAAUAAUACUACUGAAUGUAGCAAUAAUCAUUUAUAUAGAAAUGACAUGAUGCAAAUAAAUGUUGAAUAAAUGAAUUUAAUAAAGAAAAAUAUUGUUAUAAUUUAU